AUGUCGCAGCCCCUAGCCCUAGGGCUUCCCGAGUCCUGUCGUCUGCAAACUCCCGACCUCGUCCGCAGCUGCUCGUCGUGGUCGGACAAGGUCUACGCGACUGAGUCGACCAUGGGCCCUUUGUCGCCGUAUGCCCCAGCCUGCCAGGUUGGACACGGCGAGGAGGCCGUCAUGCCCGGCGCGAUGAGCUCCCAGGAACUCGACCUCCUCGGCUACUACAUGGCGCACCCGGGUCGGAUCAUUCCGUUUGCCCAAGAGGACCUGUAUGCGCCGCCCACGUGCGAGUUUCCAACCUUGUGUUUGCCUACGAGCCCCUCGUGGCGUCAGUACUAG